CAAUCAUAUUAUGCUAUUACUAACUUGAAACUAAAGUCAACACAACAUUGUUGUUGCCAUCUAGAGCUUCUCAGCUUUAUAUUCACUCAUUAUGGAUGUUAACGAUCAAAACAACAUUGAUGAUGAACAAUCAACACAGCCAAACCUAUCAUCAACAUCCAAUGAUAUUCAAAUCAAUCAAAAACAAUUCACUUCACUUAAUAGUAAACAACAAGCAAUGACCACCAAAAUUAAUGGUGGUGGGGCUACAGAUGACGAUAAUGUUGGUGAUCCAUCCAUCAUCAAUCAGUCGACCAAUGCAAAAAUCGAAUCCAUUCAAUUAAAGCCACCAUCAUGCAAAAUGUCAUCCAAUCUUCCACCACAUCAUCAUAUACGGGGUGAUGAUACGCAUGAAUUGGAAAACACUAGCGGCGCGGAUAACUUUAAAUCGUCUCGGAGAAGUUAUUAUUCCGAUUCCUCUGAUCGAACCAAAUUACCGAUUCAUCAACGUAUUGUGGCCUAUCUGCGUGUCAAAUCUCGUCUAUUAUCGUGCAGUCUAUAUUUUCUUGUUAUAUUUUUAUCGUUAGCCGUAUUGUUUUCCAUUGCAAUUGUCAUCUACCAUUUAUUGACCAUUUAUUACCAUAGACAAACCAUUUCCAUCGACACCGACAGUUGCGUUCCCAUGAAGGUCACGUUGUGCCAAAAGUUUAACGUUCAGUAUGCAUAUACAAAACUUCCAAAUCGCUUUGGUCAAACGGAUCAAUCGAUAAUAAAUGAUAAAUUAACAUCCACUUAUUCGACAAUAUUGGGCACCAAAUGCUAUACAUUAUUGCCUCUAUUCUUAUGCUCACAAUUGGUGCCCAGAUGCAAUAGCAGUGGACAUGCUGUACCAAUGUGCAAACAAGUUUGUAAAGAAUCCAUACACCGAUGUAGCUUUUUCCUCGAUAUAUUCGAUAUUGAAUGGCCCGAUGAAAUGGAUUGUGACAAAUUACCUGAUAGUAAUGAUCCGGAUAUAUGCGUUGGUAAUCGUCGAUCAAUGGAAUUAAAUCAAUUGGCAAAUCGACAUAUUUGCAAGGAAAAUGGUUUCCGUUGUGAUCAUACCAGAUGUAUACCACCGAAUUGGAAAUGCGAUGGUUAUAUGGAUUGUAAUGAUUCGAUGGAUGAAAAACACUGUAAUGAAUGUCGAGAUGAUCAAUUCUAUUGUAGUCAUGGUGUUUGUAUUAAUCGAAGCAACAUUUGUGAUGGCAAACCUGAUUGUCCCGAUGGUCGUGACGAACGACAAUGCUUCCGUCUAAGCGAUUCGAUGGGUUUAAACGGCCAGGGAAAGUUACAGGUUUGGAAUCCCAUUCUUGGUAAAUGGGAUGAAAUGUGUGGUGAAGAUUGGCAAGUUCCUGAACAAAGCGAACAAGUUUGCCGGCUAUUGGGAUAUCAAUCAUCAAAUGAAACUAGAUUACAAGAUGAAACCUCAGAUUUGCCUGGACAACGUCAAUUCCACCAUCAUCAACGAUCACCGAAACCAUUACGUUUUUCUAGUCUAUUGAAUAGACAGGAGGAUAAAUGCAGAGAUUCUGACACAAGUGUGCAUAUUAAGUGUCAUCAUUUCGAAUGUGGACGAUCAUCACAUUUUCAUCAAAGACGACGUCGUAAUACACGUAUUGUUGGUGGGGAAGAAUCUUAUCCGGGUAAAUGGCCAUGGUUAGUUUCAUUUCACGGUGGUCCGGCUGAAGUAUUUUUCUGCGCUGGUGUUUUGAUUUCCGAAUGGUGGGUACUGACGGCUGCUCAUUGUAUUGGAACUAAGAACAAUACUUCCGGAUGGACAAUCAAUCUGGGCGUAACACGGCGAACAUCAUCACCAUUAUUUGUGCGACAACGACAAGUUAGCAAAUUGAUUAAACAUCCCGGCUUUCAAAUGUCAAUCGAUUAUUAUUACUCGGAUGAUAUAGCAUUAGUAUUGCUCAAAGACAAAGUAGAAUUCGAUGAAUUUCUAAGACCUGUUUGUCUUCCGGCUAAUUCCAGCGUUGAAGUUGCAUCAGGUACCAAAUGUAUGGUAAUCGGAUGGGGCAAAAAAAUCCAUGAUGAUUACGCUGAUUAUCAAUCAGCCAUUCAUGAAGUCGAAGUGCCUAUCGUAACCCAUUGGAAAUGCAUCCAAUGGUAUGCCAAACAAUUACCAUAUCAUCCAAUACCGACAACAAUGGUCUGUGCCGGUUAUGAACAAGGUAAAAAAGAUGCUUGCCAAGGUGAUAGUGGUGGACCGUUGUUGUGUAAUAACCAAGAUCAAAGCUGGUUUGUGGCCGGUAUCGUAUCGUGGGGCAUUAAUUGUGCCCAACCACAAUUACCUGGAAUCUAUACCAAUGUACCCAAGUAUCUGAAAUGGAUUCAAACGACAACAUCGAAACAUGGCAAACCCAUUUCAAUGGAUACAUCCUAACAACCAUUCCACAAUUUGCGAAGAGAGAAACCAAUUUGCCUUACAAAUUUCUCCUUCGCUCAACACCGGUUCAUUUAUAAUCUUGGAAUGCAUUGGGCGGUCUAUUGAACGUUAUUUAUGUUUGUUUUUGUUAUUUUAUACAUUUUCUUUAGAUUCUAAACA